AGGCUGCGUUUACUCGCUGGCUCUGCAGGGCGCUAAAAGCCACCUCUGCAUUUAAAGCAGAUUUUUUUUCUCUCCCUCUCUCUCUCCCUCUCUCUCUCUCUCCCCCCCCCUCUCUCUCUCCCGUCGGAUGUCGCUCUGCAGGAAUCAGCAAAAUACACGGAAACCAAACUACCGUGCAUUACAUUUACAGUAGAUGUAUUCUCAUGGAUUACAGACACUUUGAAGCCUGUUCGCCAAGCAUGGGAUGCAAACAGAGAAUACUAGAGGAGGAGACAAGAUAAAUAAACAGAUUGAUAAAAGAAAAGAAAACGGAAGCGUGCAGAGGGGACAAUAAAAGCUCCGCAUCGGUUUUCCGGAGCUUCUCUACAACAAACACCUGACCUCGACCUCCUUGGACGCCAGGAGAGAAAAAACUGAUUGUUGAAAUGGAGAUGUCGAGAUUUUCUCUCAUCAUCCCGUCUCCUCCUCCAGCACGCGCGCUGCCGAGGCUGAUGAUGAUGAUGGUGUUUGCGUAGGAGUGUUGUAUUUUGCGGACGGCGUUGGUACACCAGUCUCUCUACUGUUCAAACAACUCCAGACAAGCGCUGGAUGGAACUGCCUGCUCCAAACACAUCUCUCUAGAGAUAUUAUUUCACUCGUUAUUGAAGCCUGGCUAAUUUUUGUCCUCUUUGGAGUGUUUUCAGAUGUCUUUCUGCGAGUCUGGGAUGUUUUGCACACGGAUGGAACGGGUUGUGUCCGGAAAAGUAGUCUAAAAGCAAACAUUGAGACAAUAAAAGCAGGCGUAUUGUAUUGCUGCUUUUGCUUUUUUUUCAAUUAGUAGAUAAAGUGGAUCAGGCACCAACUCUCUUUUGAUAGGGUUUACUUCAGUGCUUGCUGAGUACUCUAACACUGGGUUUUUUAAUCAUAAUCACUCUCAUUAUUCAGUGACUGAGGUUGAAACUGCAACCAGCACAGGUCAAGACCUGAGCUCCAAGGAGCCACCGCUACCCUAGAUGUGACCCUGUGAAUCCCUCUUAUCUCUGAAGGGUGUUGAUGGAGAGCCUUUCGAAUGACAGCCGGGACAGUGGUCAUCACUGGUGGAAUUCUAGCUACGGUUAUAUUACUCCUUAUCAUCGCUGUACUGUGCUACUGUAGGCUGCAGUAUUAUUGCUGUAAGAAGGAAGAGUCCGAGUCGGAGGAGGAGGAGCCAGACUUUGCCGUUACAUCCCGCCUCCCACCGGUCCACUCCAAUCACAACAUUGUGGCGGCAACGGCAGCCGCCUCCUCCAUCCCAAAUGGCCCCGCCAUUUUCUCCACCCCCCCUCUGGCCAGGAAACUGACACGUUCACAGACCUUCUGUCCUUCCUGUACGCACUAUGAGCUGCCUUUCUACCUCCAGCCGCCUCAACCCCAAAUCCACCAUCAACCAGAUGGGCUGAGGAAUGGAGGGGAUCGGAUCAGCUACCGCAGCGUGCAGCAGCAGGACCUGGAGCUGCCUGUGCCUGUGAACAUUUCAAACUACAGGAAACCCAAUCUGGCCCGAUCGGUCACCAUGAGGGACAUGUUCCAACGCAGCUGUAGCAUCAGCACUGAUGUUUAGCUGGGCCACGUUGGAACUCGGAGUAAGAUUAUGCCUAAAGAAAUGAGGAUGGCUUAGGCUGGACAGCUUGAGUCUGAUUGUGUUUCUGUCAUCUUGACCAGUGUAGUCCAGUCUAGUGUUGUGUGAUCUGGUCUGGUCUCGUUCUACUGGUCACCUCUUGCAGAGGACUUGAGGACUCAGAUUGCUCUCAGGACAGGAUUUUUAAAGCUACUAUGCUCAAGUCCAGGACCUUAUUCUUGGGCCUAUAUGAAGUUUAAAGUAAUUAAAAAAUGUUAAAGUAUCCAGAACAAGACCUUCUUGCUUCGGCUUGUUUUGAAUAGUUAUUUUUUAACAACAAGAAUGGCAUUUGUUUUACAACUUGAUAAAGUUCGCAAAGCCCUGAUUCCUCUGAACUCUUCUACCCAUGGCCUGAAAGAUAGACAAAUUCCUGCCAUGUCCAAAUGACAUAAUCGGCAGGGAUUUUCUCUCUGCCAUAGCUGCUACAGACAAAAUAUGAUUAGGUGAAGUCCAAUGGUUCCCCCCCUCCCAUGAUGGAUUAGAGAGAUUAUAAAAUAUCACUCACCGCCAGUGUAAAAGCUAGAGGAGGAAGGGGGAUGUUGUGUUUAAGCUGCCAGCCACAGACAUUUUAGACUUAACUUAACUUAGGACAUAAUAUUUUAAGACAUAAAGGGCUCACAGAAGAUGGAAAUCCCUGCUUGUUUUUCCACAUCCUUUCAUAGAGGGCUGCAGAUUGAUAGGAGGUUGGUUUCUUUGAUACACCAUACCACACUUCUGCAGAAAAAGACCUCUGUGUUUCUGCAGGCGGGUUGGACUAGGUGCCAAAAGGGGGACUGGUUCUUGCAUCUGUGUGAUUGUGUGACUGUGUUUGCAUGCAAGUGAGUGUGCGUGUGUAUAAGUCAAUAAAUUGUCAUACCAGAGUUCCUACUCCAUACAGUUUAACACAGUCCGUCACCCCUACAGUAUGUAAACUGAACCCAGUGUUGGGUUGCAAUAACAUUUUCAACAUUUAAUGUAAAGGGGGAAGGGAUUGUUUUAGUUUCUGUGUGCCAUGUUACGUUUACAUUUAUGUUGAUGCUAAGAAUGACUCGACCAGAUCAUUUGACAAACUUUAGGUAAGCUUGGAGAUAUUUUGUAAUUGUUUAUUUUAAUGUUUUAUGAUAUACACAGACUGAAUCUGCAGAUAACAGUCAGUGCAGAAACUCUUUACAAUGUGUAUCAUCAUAUUUCUACACUGAAGUUUCAUUUUGUGGACUCUUCACUGCAUUCCUUGUGUUGUUCCAAAUUUGUUGAUACAUGGACUCAUGUGCUAAAGAUAAUUUCACUUUUAUAGCAACCUUUAUAAAUAUUUAACAGGCCAUAGCAUACACCAUAGCCUCUCUCUCUUUCUCUCUCUCUCUCUGUUCUUUCAACUGGACUGUAGAAUACUUGCUCAGAGGUACUCUGAGAGUUCAUCUUGGGAUGCUUUUUAUUUUCUGCGCUCGGCUGAACGGCCUGACUGGAGGGCUCGUCUUCUAACGGGAGUGUUAGGGACCAAGUACACACACUUCAUGAAUGAAGUUAUUUAACGCUUGAUUUCAAGAAGAUAUGCUGAUGGUUGUGUAACUUGAAGAUGAUUGGAUGCCCCCUUUCUCUCUCCCCUCUUAAAAGUGGAUGGUCUCUCCCUCUCUCUUUUGCUUCUUUUUCGUCUUUUAUUUUAUUUUUACCAGCAAUCAUGCUCAAUUAUUUUCCCAAAGGGUGAAACAGUGAGUGAUUUUAUUAUAAUUUUAACCCUCUUGUGACAUGUGCUUCCCUGCAAAAACACAACACACACACACACACACACACACACACAUAGACACACACUUGCCAAUGCUUUGCUUUCCUUACUUUUUAAACAGAAGUGUGACAGUUGCACAAGAAAUGUAGUGCCAUAAAGACUUAAGAGAGAAUUUUAUUAUAAUUAUUAUGAGUAUUAUUAUAAUUAUUAAAAGUGUAUAUUCAAAUGCAGUGUUGCUUUAACCCUGAAGUAUUUGAAUUACUUGCUUUAUUUUAUGAUCCAGCUGGUUUUUCAGACUCAGUACAGUUCAGCAGAAAUGUUUCUGUCCUUGUUUCUAAUGUAUAACUAACAGACACAUUGUUGCUAAUAAAAUGGUGUGAAAAUCU